AGAGACCCGGAGAGACACAGGGAGGGCAGUUCACAGGGAGGAGGGGGUGACUACAAAUAGCCGGGGCAGUAAGUUCUUCUUCAGUGCUCCGUUCUGCUGCAGCCCUCACCAGGCUUUUCGUGUCCUCCAACAUGGCCUCCUACAGCUCCUCCGCCCAGACUGCCUCCUCCUACCGCCGCCACUUCGGCCAGGGCACCUACGCCUCGCCCUCCCUCAACCGCUCGCUGCUGGGCCACAGCGGUGGUGGCGGGGGCCACGUCUCCUCGAGGGUCUAUGAGGUGACCCGGUCCAGCUCGACGCCGGCCUACCGGGUCUCUUCCAGCUACUACGGCAAGCCCAUGGCGACCUCCCGGGCCUCCGUCGGGCGCUCCUACGCCGGCAUGGGCGAGACGCUGGACUUCAGCCUGGCCGACGCCCUCAACCAGGAGUUCCUGACCACGCGGACCAACGAGAAGGUCGAGCUGCAGCACUUGAACGACCGCUUCGCCAGCUACAUCGAGAAGGUCCGCUUCCUGGAGCAGCAGAACCAGGUGCUGGCGGUGGAGGUGGAGCGCCUGCGCGGCCGCGAGCCAACGCGCAUCGCCGACCUGUACGAGGAAGAGAUGAGCGAGCUGAGGAGGCAGGUGGAGUUCCUGACCAAUCAGAGGUCACGCAUAGAGGUGGAGCGAGACAACCUGGUCGACGACGUGGACAAGCUCAAACUCAGACUCCAGGAAGAGAUUCUGCAAAAAGAGGAAGCAGAAAACAACCUGGCUGCUUUCAGGGCGGAUGUGGAUGCUGCCACUCUGGCUCGUCUGGACCUGGAGAGACGCAUCGAGACGCUGCAGGAGGAGAUCGCCUUCCUGAAGAAGAUCCAUGAAGAGGAGAUCCGCGAGCUGCAGACGCAGAUGCAGGAGACUCAGGUGCAGAUCCAGAUGGACAUGUCCAAGCCGGACCUGACGGCGGCGCUGAGAGACAUCAGAGCCCAAUAUGAGGGCAUCGCCGCCAAGAACAUCGCCGAGGCCGAGGACUGGUACAAGUCAAAGGUGUCCGACCUGAACCAGGCAGUGAGUAAGAACAACGAGGCACUGAAGCAGGCCCGGCAGGAGACCAUGGAGUUCAGACACCAGAUCCAGUCCUACACCUGCGAGAUCGACUCGCUCAAAGGCUCCAAUGAGUCCCUGAUGAGGCAGAUGAGGGACAUGGAGGACCGUCACGGGCGCGAGGCCAGCGGCUUCCAGGACACCAUCGCCCGGCUGGAGGCGGAGAUCGCCAACAUGAAGGACGAGAUGGCGCGCCACCUCCGCGAGUACCAGGACCUGCUCAACGUCAAGAUGGCGCUGGAUGUGGAGAUCGCCACCUACAGGAAGCUGCUGGAAGGAGAGGAGAGCAGGAUUACCUUGCCUGUGCAGAGCUACUCCACCCUGAGCUUCCGAGAGACCAGCCCCGAGCACCAGCAGCGCUCUUCUGAGAUGCAUUCAAAGAAAACUGUCCUCAUCAAGACCAUUGAAACCCGCGAUGGAGAGGUUGUCAGCGAGUCGACGCAGCACCAGCAAGACGUCAUGUAACGGUGUGCGGAAGAUAAGAAGAAGAAACAAAAAACACAUCUGUGCUUCCCUAAGUAACUUAAGUUACUAAGUAAAAAGACUUUACAAACUCAUCAUUAUGGCCUGUACUGUUCUUGUUUUAAAGUUACUGCGAUGUGUGAAUUUAAAGCAGGGUGGUGGUGUCAUUAACUUUAUCAGGGUUUAUUUAUCUCUGCGUAGUGGUUUUUGCUGCAACAUACAUGUAUGUAGCUGGCUCUGGGUGCACAAGCUACCCUGCAAAAAAUCUCCAUCUCACAGACUCAUUUCUGUCUUUAAUUGACGCCUAAAAAGCCUUAUUUUCUUUGAAGAGGUGAAACAAAUUUAAUUGUGCCUGUUCUCAAUAGAAAUCAACUUGUUUGAAUCAUUUUCUGGAGCGUCUGUAUCUUGAAACAAGAAAGAAUAGGGUGGGUCGCUGCAGAAGAAUAAAGGACUCAAUUACAGAAAAAAACAACUUGAUAGAGAUUUUUUGCAGUGUAUCGCCACAAUUUUCAAAUCACAGCACUGAAAACAGAAUUUUUGCAUCUGAAAGAGGCUACAAAAGGGUAAUAUCAUUUCAGAUGGCCUCCUAAAUAAAAUAUUCCAGUGCUGCGUACACUUCCUGCUCUGCAAUUUAAAUUAAAUGUCACAGAAAAUUGUUUUACAACAACUGAACAAAUCCUCUGCUUUUACAUCUCAUUUUUUACUACAAAAAGUGUGCAGAUGGAUCCAAAUCCACAUCGAAAAUGCACUUAUGCUGAUUUUUUUUUUCUUGCAUCUUGAUUCUUCUUCUGGUUUCUUCCAAACACAGCAGCUUUUGUCCUGUUCCUCAAGGUCAGAGUGUUUUGACCAAUCAGGAGCAUUAACGAGAAUAAGGUGAACUGUAUGUGCGUUUGUUUGUGCUUAUCAUCGAAGGGACGCAGAAAGGACAGAUAAAAAAGGAGAAGAUGGAGGAGGAGAUUAAAAAGGUGUCUGGAGAUAAAGCGAGAUACAGGAGGAAAGAGGUUGUACGAGGUGGAAAAUACAAGAAAGACAAGGAGAGAGAGAGGAGAGGGCCUGUUUUCAGGAGCGAUUAUCCCUUGUGACUUUCAAAUAUUAUUUGCUAAUAAAAGUAAAGUGGAUUUCAUGUUA